AUGAUUAUCCGUAUUUGGCGAUUGAUCGUUCCAUGCGGCUCUGAUUGGCUAAUGUUAAUUAUACGCGGGAAAACUGGGGAACUUGAAUCCUCUUUCGGCGCCAAAAUUGAAUCACUUACCUCACUUCGCCUCCAGAUCAAGUUCGUUUGGAAUUGUGCAGUAGAUAUUUCGCUUUUUGGUUGCCUUUUUCAGGAGAAUUUUCUUUGCACUAUGGCCGACAACUCAAAGCAAGAGAAGAAAAUCAAGAAGCCUUCCUCUUACGUCCUCAAACGAAGUAGGAUUUUUGUUUUUCUUGUACGAACUGCGCCGGUAUUGGCCGCCAUCUUGUUCAUGUACAUUUUACUUUAAUUGGUCUUUCUUUUCAGAUGGAAAAGAGGAGGAAAUCAAUCUAAACAAAGUUACUGCCAGGAUUAAAAAGCUUGGUUAUGAGCUCUCUGAUUUUGUCGACACGGUAAGAUUACCUUUGCGUGCAAAUCAGUGAACGUCAACUAACCGAAUUGAACAAUGACUUAUCUUUUGGCGCCAAAAGGCAAAACGAAAUCUACCAUUUAUCGUUAGAUUGAUGGCAAAUGCGUAUGUUUCUUCGAUGAAAUUACAUAUUAAGGACUAGUUAAAUUCGUGGAACCCCUUAGUAUACCAUUUUCCUUGUCGUCUUCAGGUCAAUUUCAAAGAUCUUGGCGCGCAAUUUACAACUGCCUCUCUACCGUACACUCUUCCACAACAAAAGCGACGCUGUAUAAGCUCGUCAGAAAUCCGUACAGUGAUCGUAGUUUACAGAUUUAUUCCUAUUUUCUCCAUUUUUAACAUGGAUUUACCAAUUUGUAUCACGAAUGGCGUUGGUACGAAAUUUAUAUUGUUCUCGGAAAAACUCACGAUAUUCAUAAUUUGCUAUUGGAAACAAUUUAAGCCUAAACUGGUUGUGCAUUAAGUAUUACUGAACAUUUGUAGGCACAGUUUGCUAAGAUGGGCUACUAGUUUUAAGAUUUUUGAAAGGAUAGUUGAUACGUCAUUGAGGAUAGCGCGAAAUCCAAACCACAUGCGUUUCAAAGAAAGUCAAGAAACGCGCUGAUAAUAGAUUGUAGAGUGUACUUUUAACUCUACACGUACACUGCUAUGGAAAGCUAUUGUGCAGUCAGUGCAAUAAUGAAACAAAUAUAUGUACUUGGGUUGUUAUUAAGCAUGUGUGUAAAAUUAUCAUGUAUUUAUGAGGCACGUCACACUAUUAAUACUAACGAGGAUAAGAUAAGAACUCUAUUAUUGUGUCGAAGUCGCCAGCAAACAGUGUGCGCUAAUGAGGGACACUUAACUACAAUUAAAUAUCUAAUAAGUACUGAAAAUAUGACGUAUAUGUACAUGUGUAAGUUUUGAAAAAUAUAUAAAAUUAUCAAUGAGUCGUGCAUUAAAAUCGAGAGUCAGUAGUCCAGUAGGCUCGUGAAAUAGACCAUUUUGAUGCGUUUGUGUCCAAUAGUUCCGAUAGUCGGAUAGAUUUGUCCAGUUUGGUCCAAAUGACAGGGCCUGAAGAACUCGGACUAUGUUUGCCAUAAGCAACAGUACAAAAUCUGGGUACCAAGUUGCAGAUUGUCUCUCAGAUAUUGCAGUAACCAUUCAGUUUACCCUCAAUCCUUUAACUCCCUAGAUAUGAUAAAAAAUUCUAUCCUCAAGUUGCUACACAUUUCCUUGUCAAUUAGUUGAAAGAAUUUGGUGUUAGAUCAAGAUAACAAUUAAACUGACAAGUCUAGUAUCUGUUAGAUAAUGUAUGGAUAUUAUGGGAAGAAAUUAACGGUUACAACUUGAUUUUCUUUUGCAUGAUUCAGUUUGAGAUUGUCAAGAAGGUAAUUGAUGGCAUCUACCCUGGUGUAGCCACAACUCAGCUGGAUAUACUUGCUGCUGAGAUUGCUGCCUCCAUGACAACCAUACAUCCUGACUAUGCUGUCCUUGCAGCCAGGAUUGAGGUUUCUAAUCUUCACAAAGAAACAAAGAAGAUUUUCAGUGGUAAGUGGAUAGGUUGUAAUCACAACCACAUGCCUUAUGUCUUUCUGCUCUACCUCUUCUACUCACCUUUAUUCCUACAAGAUCUGGCAAGUACUGUAGUAUGGAAACCAAGAAAUCUCUUUGACCACAGAUUUCCACCUAUAAUCAAUUUUAGUCCCCAAAACAAGUGGAAGAAAUUUUAGAAAUUGUUUUGCAUUCAACCUUAUACCCUUACGAGUGAGUAGCCCCUAACUUUUUGUCACAGUAUCAUCCCUGAAUUAUACUUAAAGGUCACAUUCCAAAUGGAUUCAUUUUGCAUGGUUGUGCAUCCUUCUCUUAUUUUCUUGUAUUUAAUAAUUUUUUCCCAUAGAGGUAAUGACAGAUCUCUAUAACUAUGUCAACCCAAAGAAUGGUAAACAUUCUCCACUGAUCUCCAAGGAAACUUAUGACCUCAUAAUGGAGAAUGCCGAUGUAAGUUUUUAAACCAAGCACAAGCUUGUUAUCUAUGUUAGAACACUAUUACCCUAAUUAUUAGAACUGACACCUAGUCCUUCAUUAAAGCAAAUAGAUACCUUUGUUCUGACAAAGGGGGUAGCACUGGGAAUGUCAGCUUAUGGAACUCUUUAUUUUGGCUAAUUUACGUCUUGAAAGCCAAGUAAUCGUGGUUACAUAGUUUAUAUCUGAGAUGUUAAUUUAAUAUUUCCUAGAACGCAGCUGGUUUGAGUUAUAACAAUAUGAUAUGGAAUAUUUGUAUUGGGGUUAUCUGUGACUAUUAUUAGAACAGUUGGGUGGAUUUGAAUUUUAGAGAGUUUUGCAACAGAUGCGAGUACCUUUUUUACGACCCUGUUUGUUCAACUGAUUCACUUUAAGAAUAUAAGACCUAAUUUUUAUAACCUGUGUUCUUUAAUAUCUUUGCCACCUGUUUGUGAGAAUUUGAAGUCAUAUCAGAGCUCUCCUUGGUUAGAUCAGUAUAUUAUCAAGGCAAUGUUAUUUAAUAAAUAUGAUAAUUUGCCAGUUCGUUCACUAAUCAGAGUGAAAAUAAUAUUAUCAGAUUGGGCCCAAACGUAGUUGAGUUUUGAUUUGACACUGCAUGUGGGCACAGUCACGUGUGUUGCUUUUAAGGGAGUGUUAUUUCAUCAGGAAAAGGUGUAAAAAGUUGAAAGAAAACCUCUUGAUUGUGACUUCAGGGUACUAAACUUUUAUUGCCUUAGAGGCAUUCCUGAAAAUACAAGCAAUCUUGUUUUGUUUACCAAUAUUUAAGCCUGAGAUUAAAACUAAAAUCCUCAAUUUUUGCCUUUUUUUUUUCUUUCUCAGAGAAUUGACUCAGAGAUCAUUUAUGAUCGUGACUACCAAUACAACUACUUUGGUGUUAAGGUAUGUGUGUGGACUCUUCUUGUCCAAGUGAAGUUAAACCAUUCUUUCCUACUCAAUCAGGUUUAAAAUCUUCAAAAUGACUCUUUCCAGACAAUGAUGAGGUCUUACCUGCUCAAAAUCAAUGGCAAAGUUGCUGAACGACCACAGCACAUGUUGAUGAGAGUUGCACUUGGAAUUCAUCAGAAUGACAUUGAAGCAGCAAUUGAAACAUACAAACUGUUAUCAGAGAAGUGGUUUACGCACGCAUCACCGACCCUGUUCAAUGCUGGUACAUGUAAACCUCAACUGUCCAGUUGUUUUCUUGUGACCAUGACAGAUGACAGCAUUGAUGGUAUUUAUGACACACUGACACUUUGUGCUAAGAUAUCCAAGGCUGCAGGUGGAAUUGGAAUCAAUGUGCAUAACAUCCGGGCUUCUGGAAGCUACAUUGCUGGGGUAAGAAAUCACCCUGACAAGGCUGUGCUCUAACGGCGCCCGGUCGCCUGAGGCGACUAACAUUUGGCCUCGGGCGACUGAAAAUAUUUUCUUAGUCACCCGGCCGGGCGACUGGCUGGUGUUGGUUUCUUGAUUUACAGUCAAAACAAAAAAAGAAAAUGUUGUUCAAUCAGGCGCGCGUUGAUAUUCAAAGGUCGUUCCACGUGAAUUUACGUGUGACAUAAUCAUCGACUUUGAUCGUGACAAGCUGCACAGUUUUCGAUUUUAACCGCUUUUCCAAAUAGUAUUAUAAUUUUUCCUUUAAAUUAGGAUAGCUCGUUAGUUAGUUUUUGAAAAGCAAUUGUUACUUCUGCUCUGACAGGCGUAAAGUACGGUCGACGAUUAAUAAAUCGCUAAAUGAACACGGGAGUCGUUCUUUUAAAAGAAAAUGUUGUUCCAUCGGGCGCGCAUUGAUGUUCAAAGGUCGUUCCACGUGAAUUCACAUGUAGCAUAAUCCUUGACUUUGAACUUGACUAGCUGCACAGUUUUCGAUUUUAACGGCUUUUCCAAUAGCAUUAAAAUUUUUCCUUGAAAUUGGGAUGGCUCAUCAGCUAGUUUUUCAAAAGAAGUUGUUACUUCUGCUCUGAUAGGCGUAAAGUACGGUCGGCGAUUAAUAAAUCGCUGAAUAAACAGGGGAGUCCCUCUUCUAUGCUAAUUUAAUAUUUUAAAUAGUGUUUUGCUAAGCUUACAUAAUGCUUUGAAUUGAACUUCAAUGAGACAGUUUUAGGUUUAUCAGAUUAUCUUUGGUAUAUGUAUACUAUUCAUUUUUCAAAAAAUAGUUUUGCACUGCUUCUGUAAGUGUGAAUUAAAUAAUUAUUUGACUAUAAGUGAUGAUAGGUUUUCAGGAGGUCAAAGGAUACGAUGUUUCAUGAACAUAAAAACAAUUAAUAAAUGCACAUAGUUCUAUUUGACUCGUUACGAAAACAGUUUGUUUAAUUUUUAAUAAUUAACUGACUGAUUUAUUAAUUUGGGCGACCAACUAGGAGGCCUGGGCACCUCAGCUAAAAUGUUUGGGAGCCCGAAGGGCUCCCCGAAAUUUUGAUUUGGGCGACCAUCUUUUAGGCCUGGGCACCCAAGCUAAAACACUUGGGAGCCCAAAGGGCUCCCUGAAAUUUUCCUUAGAGCACAGCCUUGCCUGAAGAUGGUAAACAUAUCAUUGCUGUUAUCAGAGGAGUAUUGUGAACUGCUGUUCAUGCUUUUUGUCCUGCAAUGCAUGCUUUCAUACAGGGUGGGUUGUUAGGAACAAUUCUAGCAUGGCCAGUAAGUUUUUAUCAUCAAAUUCUAAAGAGCAGGCCUUCUACAGCUCUAGAUUCUCAUUGUGAUGCCAAUAAUGUGUGGAUAUGUUUUAAAACUUAGCAGACCUUACUCAGGGUGGGUGUUUAUUCAAGGUUGGAAAAUUAAUAAUAGAAUAAAUAUAGUACCAUUAUUCUGACUGGCCAUAGGGAUAACUAAAUGUGAUUUUGACACUGAUAAAAUACAAUGAAAAGCCCUUUUCCAUGCUGUGAAAUUAUCAAAUUUUUUGUUGGAGGGAUUUGCCAAUUUUUAUUUCUUUUUUAACUAGACCAAUGGAAUCUCAAAUGGUCUUGUUCCAAUGUUGCGUGUGUACAAUGCCACAGCCAGGUAUGUUGAUCAAGGAGGCAACAAGAGGCCUGGUGCCUUUGCCAUAUAUCUGGAGCCUUGGCACAGCGAUGUUUAUGAUUUCUUGGAACUGAGAAAGAACACUGGCAAAGAGGAGCAGGUAAAAAAAAUUGGAUGAUUUUUAUAAUUAAUUUUCUGUUUAGCUCAAAAUUUAUUGUAGAGGUGAACUGAGUUCUCAGCAUGACGUUGAGAAAUUUCAAGCAGAUUUAGGGUUGUUGUAAGCAAAUUUAAUAGAGGUACAGUCUUAACUGAGUAGGUGGAUGAAAAGAUUGUUUCUCUCUACUGUGUUUCUCUGCUGUAUUUCAUUCAAGAUUACAGUAAUGCAAUUUAUAGAAUUAUAUAUCUCAAAAGGAAACAAAUAUAGAGGUUUUGGAGUGAACACCUGGACUAUAUUUCCUUAGGAUUAGAAUUGAAAAUAUUAUUUUGGGUCUUUAAAGUUAACAACAGGGUUUGUAUGGGUCCUGGAAAACCUGAAUAGUCCUGGAAUUUUAUUUUGACAUUUUCCAGAACUGGAAAGACCUGGAAAUCUGCUCAACUUAAGCAAGAAAGUUUUCAUAAUUUACUUUACAAGAAAUGUAUGUAGACUGUAAGGAGAACUGAUUUUGAAAUCUUAGGAAUGAAAGAGUUUUAGUCCCUGGAAUUUGUUUCUGUAAAAGGGUAUGAAUUAGGAAGGAAAGAUGUAUUAGUUACUUUAUGCUAAAUGGUUAUCUUUGAUUCCCUAGCGUGCUCGUGAUCUUUUUUUUGCAUUGUGGAUCCCUGACUUGUUCAUGAGGCGUGUUGAGAAGGAUGAGAUGUGGUCACUAAUGUGUCCUAAUGAGUGUCCUGGAUUACAGGACUGUUGGGGUGAGAAAUUUGAAGAGCUCUAUGUCAGGUAUGUGUUAAGUGCAGAGUGUGCUCAUUUUGUAUAAAAGAUUAUAGUCACUUAUCAGCCUGGCAGGCCAUUAUUUUCUCUGUAUGUCAGUUCAUAAAGCAUCUGGCCAUAAGUCAAGAACUUGCCUGGGUGAGAAUCCCCUCCUGAAAACCAAGAAAAAGGACUCAAAUUUAACUAGGGAUGAUUCUUUUUAAGCAGCCAUUGGACACAACCAGUAAAACUCUAAUUUGAAAUAUUAAUGGCGGGCUGGAACCAUGAGGGUAGCAUUAGGAAGGGGCAGAAAUGUUGCAAGAAGGAACCAUGGCAACUGUGUUACAACCAACCUCCAGGAAUCUGUCAACAUAACACUGACAAAGAGCUGUAUGGAAUGAGUACUAAUCAAAAAUCUGAAAGGGAGAGGGAAAGGAGCUGCCACAUUGAGCAAAAGCAUGUGGCAAUUGCCCUGAAAACUCCCUUGGAGCCCAAACCCAAACAAUAAAAUUUCAUAAAAAUAGGCACCUGUUAGGAAAGGGCCAAACAUUCCAAAGGUUGAAUGGUUUGGCACCAAAUACUAUCAGUAUAGAUCAUGUUUAUUUCUUCCUUUUAACUCUCUUUGUAAAUAGGUAUGAGGAACAAGGAAAGUUUCGGAGACAAGUCAAAGCACAGAAUCUUUGGCAGGCAAUCUGUCAAUCACAGAUUGAGACAGGCACACCUUACAUGCUGUACAAAGAUGCAUGCAACAGGAAAAGCAAUCAGCAGGUACUCAAGUGGGUUAACCCUUUACACCCAAACAUCAGUAUGCAUAUUCUCCAUACUGUUCUCUAUACAUUUCCUAAGGUGCUGACAAGGAGAAUUUGUUUAACAAUCAAGAACUUCUUUAGUUUGAGAUCAUUUCCAUUAUUUGCAUGAUUUUGAUGUGUGAUUGAGGGGUUAUACAAUGAAAAAAUUACAUGCCAGUCACUUUUAGGGAUAAAAAGGUUCCUUUAAGUUAUUUAUUUAUUCUUGACUCACAUCACUUUGCUCUGACAAAGGGCUAACACUUGAAAUGGCAACUUUAAAAGUCUUUUACAGUGGCCAAUUUAGUUGUCAACUCAGUUGAUGAUACUAAACUACCUUGUUAUACUCUCCCACUAAUGCAACACCACAGUUUCUUUAGAAACCUAUCCCCUUUGUUCAUUUAUCCUUAUCUACCUGGUACUAGAUAUAACUAUCAAAAUGUACUGAUAUUGAAAACAAAUUAUACCAUUUUUUUUUUUUAAUCAAACUGCAUUUCCUUCCAGAAUGUUGGGACAAUCAAAUGCAGCAAUCUGUGCACUGAAAUUGUUGAGUACAGCUCUCCAGAUGAGGUGAGCUUUAACAUUAACAUUGAGUAAAUCCUUGUUUUGUUCUUUUGUCUCUUGUGUUUGGUCUCAAGUAUAAAGAGUCAUUCUCAUACUGUCUUGGGGACUGAAAAAGUUUGGAAAUAUUUCAUGUUCAUUACAUGAAUGGUAAACAAACUUAAUCACUUUGGGAGGUCUAUUGACAGUUCAAAGUGAAAUUACAAACACUAUUGAUCAAAAGGACACUUUCUGCUAUAAAUUUUUGCCUUGUGAAGAAAAUUCAGCAAAAAAAGCGCUCUUUGUUCAAACAAAAUGUUAAUUUGAUAGAGCAAAAACUGAAAUUUGCUGUAUUUUGUUUGUAUUACUUUUGCACAAUACUGUACCUCUUGCUUGAAAAAAAAAGUUUUGCUCCAGUGUUCUCUUCAGAAGGCAUCAGGAGGCAUUCCUAUUUGACUGUCAUGGAAACUUUGUGAUGAUUGACACACAUCCAAACAUGCUUAUAACUGCAUGAAAUGUUAUCAUUAAAAUUAAGUGAUGACAUACUGGUUUGAGGGAAUCCUUCAGAAAGAAAGCCUAAAUAAAUCCUCACAAGAACCUUACAUAUUAUUAAGCAACAAAGUAUCUUUCCAUUCAUCUCUCAGGUUGCUGUCUGUAACUUAGCAUCUCUGGCACUUAACAAGUUUGUUGUAACCAAUGGAGGGGGCCGACCCACAUACAAUUUCCAAAAACUUUUUGAGGUUACCCAGGUUAGUACAUAGAUUAGGAAAAUGAUCACUGUGUCAAUAUCAAAUAAUUUACUCCUUGUUAAUUUCCUGUAUAAAAUUUUUAGGUGGUAACACGCAACCUGAACAAGAUUAUUGACAUCAACUAUUACCCAGUGAAGGAGGUUUGUGUUUAAGAGGCAUCUUAUUUUGUUUCAUUCUUUGUUUGUCUGUUUUAUAUUGAUAUAUAUAUGUAUCUCACCUUUUUGUCUAUGGACUGUUAUGUUACUCAGAGAGGGUGAGAAAUUUUGCUGUGCUCAAAUUCUUUUGUUCAGUCUUUUUGGUAAUUUUUUUUCUCUCGCUCUGUAAAAUUUGCAUUAAGUUUUGUGUAGAGUCAAUUUUGUUACAUUUUGUUCUUUUAAUCUUUUAAUCCUUUAACUCCCACAUCAAAUUUGUAAUUCUCCUAACUAUUAGUCAAACAAUUCCUAGAAUGUUAGUUCAGAGAAUGUAGGAUUGGAUCAACUAAUUAUCACCAAAUUGAUAUUUUUCUUGAUUCUCACCACUUAUCUGGUUGAUGUUGUAUUGAUACUGUAAGGAGAAAUUCUGCCUUGAUCACUCAUGAAAGUUAAAGGGUUAAUCUAAUGCAAAUUCCUGCUCCAGAUGGUGUAUUAUUACUUUGCCAACUUUUAUUUACAUCAUUUCCAUUAAAUUGUGGCAUCUACUCACUUAACUUUUUCUUUUUUUUUUGGUUUGAAUUUCCAGGCUGAAAAAUCCAACAAGAGACACAGGCCCAUUGGUAUCGGAGUUCAGGUAAAAAUAAAGUUUUAAUUUUUGGGUGACUCUCCACAAUUUUUUUUAAAGUACAAUUCCACCAGAGGCUCACUGUGUGAGUAAAAAAAUUUCAUUGCCGAUUAAUUCUUUACUGUUCUUUCAGGGAUUGGCUGAUGCCUUCAUUCUAAUGAGAUAUCCAUUUGAAAGUGAAGAGGCCAGAGAUAUGAACAGGAAAAUAUUUGAGACAAUCUACUAUGGGGCUCUGACAGUAAGUGCUUUUCAUUUAUAGGUUUAUGAGAUUAUUUUGGACAUGCAUUGUUUGAGAGUUGCAAGGCUAGAGGCUCUGCAAGAAAAAACUCAGUGUUCCCCAAACAGAAAUUUUUCAUAUCUCUUCCUACUCUGAGUUGGAACUCGUAAACCUAACCUUGAAAAUCUUGUAUUGGUAGUUCAAUUGUUAAAGAAUAACUACUUUGCUUUCAUCUAUAGAUCUAGUUGUUCAGCAUUCAUAAGAAGAUGAUGAAUAUCUAAUACUUUUUACUCUAUUACAGGCUUCCUGCAAACUGGCUAAAGAAAAAGGGACGUACGAGACCUACCAAGGGUCGCCUGCAAGCCAAGGGGUAAAGAUGUUCUUUAGACUGAAUUGCAUCUUUUAUUAGGUGGUGAUAAGAGAUUGUUAUCAAAAAGUAAAGAUUCACCAUAUCAAGAGGUGAAAAAUAAGGAUAAUUUUUUAAGUGGAUUGUACAUCUAAUAUCAACACCCCAAGUUGCAACCAAUUUGGUUGCCAUGGCAAGUAAAAUUUUGACCAAAGGCACCAAUUGGUGACCAAAAGAUUUGAAAAAAAAAAACAUGAAAACAUUCAUUGAUCCUUGGUAAAAUUAUCAAAGGGUGACCAAAAUUUUUUUUACAGCGACCAUUUUACAAUUGAAGGUUGCCAAAAGGUGACUUUUUGAAAAAUUGAACUUGGCCACCGUGUCAAUGUGGAAACAUCGACAGAGAUGUACCAAAGUAACAAGUCACUACUGGGAAUGAAGUGGGAUGAAAAUUUGUUUAACCCUUUAACUCCCAAGGAUCUGAUUGUUAAAUCUCCCCUCUAGCUGCUACACAUUUCCAUGUGUAAUAGCUGCAAGAAUUUAGCGUUAGAUCAAGAUAACAACUUUAACCUGAUAAGUUUGAGUAUUCUCAUUACCUGCUUGCUGGUCAAUGUAUGGAUAUAAUAGGGAGAAGACACAUGUUAAUCACUUCUGGGAGUUAAAGGGUUAACAACCCAGAACUUCUUUAGUUGGUCACCAUUUUCUUCUUUCUCAAGACCUUAAUAUUUGAUUCAGGGGUGAUACUGUGAGGAGAAAUUAGAUGCUUAUCACUUUUGGGGAAUAAAGGAUAAAGGCACCCACUCUGACUUCCUUCACUUAUUAACCCUCCCACUCCCAAGAUUUCAUUUGUAAUUCUCCUCACUUUGUGCUAUACAUUUCUGAUGAUGUUAUUUUAUGAGAACUUGAUAUUAGAUCAACUUAUAUUUGCCUAGUUUGUAUUUUUCUUUGUUCUCAUCUCUUGUCUACCUGAUUUUGUUUUAAUAUUGUGAGGAGAAAUUCUGUCUUGAUCACUCAUGGCAGUCAAGGCGUUAACAUUCUUAAUCUUUUUCACUUCUAAAGAAACUUCAGUAUGAUCUUUGGAAUGUCACUCCAUCUGAUAUGUGGGAUUGGGCAGCUCUCAAGGCAGAAAUAAAAAAGUAAGAUUUUCAUUUUUUUAGUUAAUGAAAUAUGGCUGUCAAAAUCUUUUAAUUCUUAAAGUUUUGUUGCCUGACUAAGACUAUCAGUGUAGCAGUCAAAACACCAUGAUCAAUUCAUUUGAUAGGUAAUUUUAGUAUUAACAACUGAGUUGAAAAUGUAAAUUGACCACUUUUAAGAGUUUAAAGGCUGACAUUUUGAGUGCUAACCCUCAGCAAUCACUCUGACAAAGGGCCAACGCUUGAAACGACAGCCUUUAAACUCUCUAUGGUAGUCAAUUUAUGUUUUCAACUCAGUUGCUAACACUUAAUUACCUGUUAUACUCUCCCACCAACACAGCACCGCAGUUUUUUGACAAACUAACCCCCUUAAUGCAUUUGAUAGCCCGACUCCACACUGGGAGACAAAGUAUUUAACAUUUCACUUAUCUGAAAAACCACAAUGAACAACAACAUUUUCUAUAACAGGGUGUCUGUUAAUCAUAUAAUUUGAUAAGAACAUUCCAUUUGACAACUUGAUGGAUUAUUACUUUUUGUUGUUUAUUUAGGUAUGGAUUAAGGAAUAGUUUGUUGAUUGCACCAAUGCCAACAGCUUCCACUGCACAGAUCCUUGGAAACAAUGAGUCUUUUGAGCCUUACACAAGUAACAUCUACACUCGACGCGUUCUCUCAGGAGAGUUUCAGGUACAUUUUUGAUUGUUGUAGAAAAACAAUGAUAUACACAGUAUUCUCCCUUAUUUUAAGCAUGACAGGUAAAAUAAAUUUUCAAACCAGUAAAGCAAUCCUUUUACAAGAUUUCCAAGCAGUUUUAAAUGGUACUACAGGCGGUAAAUGUUACCGGUUACUGCCUGAAAAGGAGAACACUGUAUACAGUAUUAGUAGUGAAAAUAAAGGCUCAUUGCAGUUAAUGUCUUUUUAUCUUGUAGAUUGUAAACCAUCAUCUGUUGAAGGACUUGACUGAAAGAGGACUCUGGAAUGAGACUUUGAAGCACAAAAUCAUAGCUGCAAAUGGAUCCAUUCAGGUAUUUGUGAAAUGGUACAGGUCAUGAACAACCUCCAAAGAAGAUUCCUAAUUGACUGACUGAUUCCUUAGUACCCAAUGACAACAAAUGGGCUUUCUUGAUCAACAGUUGUUAGGUGUAUAUUAGGCAGUGGAGGUUGGAGAAUUCUCUAGCCAAAUUUCAAUGCCUUGCAUUUAUUUUUUUCAAAGUCUCAUCUUACUACAUACUUUUUUCCUGUAACUACAUUCCUUAUUGAAAACCUUGCAUUUGAGAUGUGCAGUUUUUAAACUGCAUAUACAAGCCACUAACAAAGUCAGAUUGUCCCUAUUUGGCACUCAUUAUUUAAUUGAUUUACUUAUUUUCUUUGGAGUCAUCAAAGAAUUUUAUGACACUAAUUAAAAAGGUGUCCUUUGUUCUUCACUACAGCACAUUGAUGAGAUCCCUGAUGACCUAAAGCCUUUGUACAAGACAGUUUGGGAAAUUUCUCAGAGAACUCUUGUGGACAUGGCAGCAGACAGAGGAGCUUUCAUUGACCAGAGCCAGUCCUUCAAUGUGUUCUUUGCUGAACCCAGUUAUGGCAAGCUAACAAGCAUGCAUUUUUAUGGCUGGAAAAAGGUAAAUGUUUUUUUUAUGAAUGGUGUUGUCACAUUAGACAUGUGCCAUAUUAAAGUGAUUAGUUUUUGUUCAUUUUCCAGAGCAUGAAUAUUUUGUUGAGUUAGUUGAGCAUGGAGUGUUGUAACUCCUGGAAGCCUCUUGGAUAGAAUGCUAAUUGAACUGGCUUUCAAUGUGUUUUCUUCUAGCAGACUUUGCUUGGUGCAUUUAGACGGCCUCUACCUAAUCAUAGGGGCUCCUAAUUGUUAAAUAAGGAGCCAGCCAUUAUUUAUCACCUGACGGUGGGGGGUGGGGGGUUGCAUGGAUUUCAGGGGGAACAGUCGUCUCCAAUAUAGUAUAGAAAAAUGAUUGCCAAUCAAUUGCCAGUGAGGGGGGAGGAUUAAGAGUAUAUUACAGAGCGGUAUAGAGGGACGAGUCAACCCCUUGACAACUUGGCAGUUUUAUUUAAAUAUUCUCUCAUGGAGAGAAGCAUUCUGAGGGUUGUCUCUUAACUUUUAACUCCCAUUAGUGAUAAACAUGUAACUUCUCACAAUAUCCAUAUAUUAUCCAGCAAACAGGUGAUAAGAGAACUCUAGGUUAUACAAUAGAAGUUGUUCUAUCAACCAAACUCAAAAUUCUUGUUACCAAUUGACAUGGAAAUGUGUAGCAGCAUGAGGGAAUAAUUUAUAUUCAGAGUUAAAGGAUUUGAAAUAAAAAUGGAACACCACAUGAUAACAUAGCUAGAGUGACUUUAGUAGGUGUCUUUAAUACAACCCAAUGAAUAAUGGGCUGCUUGUUACAUCUUGCAGGGCCUGAAGACUGGAAUGUACUACUUGCGUUCACGCCCUGCUGCUAAUGCAAUCCAGUUUACAGUUGAUCAAGAAACCCUCAAGAAGACAGCUAAAACCAAAAAGGAGAACACAGAAGUCUUGGCAUGCUCUCGGGACAAUCCUGAUUGCUUAAGCUGCAGUGGAUAA